GUUGCGUUGGGAACGAGGCUGGUAACGAGGUGAGGGGUCAGUGGCGGUGCUGAGCAGUGGAUGCAAAGUGGUAUGUUGUUGUGAAAUAGAUUGAAAGUGAGGACAGACAAAACGCGACGGGAGUCGGAAGCGGCCAAGUUCUCUCAAAAGCAGUCCGGUAGAGGAUUUCAUUUCAACGCCACUAAAAAUCAGCAAUUUCUUUGAAGAGUCAAAGUAUCAACUUUGAAAGUAUUAGCAAGAAUGGCUAGCACAAACAACAUAGCACAAGCAGCAAGGACAGUUCAGCAGCUUAAAAAAGAGUCGAAUAUUGAAAGGAUAAAGGUAUCAAAGGCUUCAGCAGAUCUUGUGCGCUACUGUGAAGAACAUGCCAAGAAUGACCCUCUGCUUAUGGGCAUCCCAACUUCAGAAAAUCCCUUCAAAGACAAGAAGCCUUGUAUUAUAUUGUAGUUGUGAUUUGUGCUUUCUACCUUUUUUAAAAAAAACUGACCAAUAAUAGAACAGAUAUUGAUGAUACUAUCUUAAUGCCCUCUAGUUUCCACACAAAAAUAUUUUCCACAUUAAAUUUUCACUCUUUCCCUUGUCCAUUCCAGAAAAUAGAUUAGGGUACAUAUUGUGCAUUUAAACGAAAAGGACAUGUUAAAAAAUAAUAAGCAUUUGUGCCACAAAAGAGUAAUGAAGAUUGAAUGUAACAAAUAACAUGCCUUUAUAUUUACUUUUUCUGACAUUAAUGUAAAUGUAUGCAGUUUUUAAACUUGUAGAUGUAUUUGAGUAUACUUAAUUAAGACCGACAUUGUAAUUAAUUUUAAAGUGGAUCUUUCCAAUUCAUUACUAUCCUGAUUUCUGUCUAAAGUGCCAUAUCAUGCCAUCACUUUUAAUUUGCAAGCCUCUGCCUGUCUUUCCUUUCACCUUGCCAUAGGUGGCAGAACCUUCACUUGGCUCAGCUUGACUUGUUCAAACUCCUUACUUAAAGCCUUCUACCAUCAAAGCUGCCUUAAAGCCCAUGCUUUUACAAUUUCUCGAUCUUUCCCAUCAGUUUAGUAUCACCAUAUUUUUCAUUGAGAAAUUGUUGAGAUCCAUAAGCACAACCUCUUAUUAAGAGUUCUACAAUUUAAAUGUCAUUUUAAUAAUUAUAACUGAAGUGUGGAUUGGUCCAUUCCAAGCACAGUGUAUACCAGAUCAAUGUUGAUCAUCUCAGUGUUCAAUGACUCAAAUGUAGGUGUAUAAUGUUGGGAACUUUUUUGUUAAAGGCAAGAACAAAAAUAAAUAAUUUAGUAAUUGAACAUUGCAAAAAUGUUCAAUAAUGUGUUGCUCAAAAAUGUCCAGUUUAGCAUGGAUAAGACUAAGCUUUUAAGAAAACUGGACUAAUUUAUGAAGGGGAAAUAUUCGCAAACCUUACUUUUACACCUAUAUUUGAUAAACUAGGAUAUUUGUUCCUCAUUAGCUGCAUUCACUUUUGUGCUCAUUUUGUACCUUUUGUAUCUGAAUUUGGAAAUUUGGCAGCAUGACUUUAAUUUCUGAUGUUCACAGAAUUCUGAAUAUGCAGUAUUAACUACAUUGCUCUAAUUCAACAUCAAAGCAAAAUGCCACUUAAAAUAAUUUGCCAAAAUGAAUAUUGUAAUACAAAGCUCAAAGGCCAUCUUUACUAUUUGAAAGUUAUUGUAUUAAUGUGUGAUAUUAUAUCUCAAUAUGAUUGGUUGAUGUGAAGUAAAUUAAUCUUGCUGGGGCAACUGUCCUAUCCAUUCCAUACAAGUUGUUAACAUACAGUACUUGUGCUUAAUGUAAAAUGUGGUUGUUAUAACAUACGUGUUCCUGGGCUUUAAUUGUUUUACAUUUCAGCAGCUAAUCCCCCAAUAUUUAAAUUCAAUUUGCAGUAACUCUGCAGAAAUUUCUGUAUUAUUUUAACUUGGUUUUAUAAGAUAGCCACCAUCUUUCAGGGCAGUAAAUUCUAACAACAUUACCAAAUAAGCCUCAUUAAACAUGCCAUCUAUGCCCUACAGUAAUUACAACUGAAAUCAAAUCUUAAUGUAACUAUUUGAAUUUUUAACUCCUACAAAGGAAUGGCCAAGAUUUCAAUUCAUUUAUGCACGCUCAAAACUAACCAAACUGCCUAAUUAGAAUAUCACAAGCAUAUUUGCAGAUCUACUAAUCAUGGCAUUGCUUUAGGGAUUUGUUUUCUAUGAUUCAGAUGCAAGCUUACAUAUAUUUAUUAAAAUCAUUUUCACUUGCAUGUGAAACGUAAAUGGUCUUUUUUGUUUUCAAGUCCACUCCAGAUUAUAACAAGCUACAUAAUCUGAGAAUUGUUCAUCAAGCCCAUUGUGCAUAAAUCGGGCAUUCAUAAAUCAGGGAGGGCAUAUAAUCAUAAGCAUCAGCUUUGGAUAUAUUUUUUCCUCUACUGAUUGCAGUUUAUUAUGGUAUUUAAGACUUGGGUCUCUAAAUAAUUUCUGCUGAGCGCCUAUAUUUAGCUUGGGACAUGAUAGAGCUCCCAAUAAUCAAGUAUUUUCUACCUGAAUUACCAAAUUUUCCAGUUGGAACUUUCCCAUGGGAAUCUUUGGUGAUUGUUCUUUAGCACUCUGUUGCCAUGAUAUGUCAGUUUUACUUUCAUUCCAAAUCUGACUCUCAGGAGACAGCCUGAAACACUAAUGGUGCUCUGAACUGGAAGCCAAGCAUAGCAAAAUGUCAAGUAUUUAUUAUGACAAUACCAAUAAUUUUUGCUAUUUCCUUAAGCGCCUUUACACAGCCUGUACUAUUUUUAAACUUAAACAACAGCAUUCAAUUUUAAUUAUAAUUUCCAUAGAAUUCCAACUCCUACAAUGAAAAACGGAUCAAAUGAAUCUGUAGAAUUUUGUGCACGUUGUCCUCCAUUGGCUAACUAAAACCACAAAGUGCUUUCUUUGACUCCAUUCAGCAAUUAAUUUAAAUUUAUUUUAGAAUGUAACUUUCCUCAUUGGAGGGUCUUUCACUUCAAAUACUACCUUACCUACAAGUUAUCCAUUUCCUUUUGAAGUCAUUGUAACUUUUCAUUACGACUCUAUCUACACAUAGAAUAAUCAAAGCUCUCAUCCUUUAUGACUUUCAGGAAGAGUCCCAUUAUUUUGCAUGUUAAACCCCCAGUAAUCUGGCACUCUCCAGGAUUUCAUUGCUGCACUAGACUUUACACACUAAUGGAUAUGUCAAUAAAGUUUUAAAUAUCACACAGUAGUAUAAUAAUUUUUCCAGUGAACCAUGUGAAUUUAAAAGGAACAUGGAAAUGGGGACCUGGUAGGUUUAGUAGAAGUAUGGGUGACAGAACCAGGUGAGAAAUGCUGAACUAUCAGGUAUUUAAACAAGCGUUGUUGGAGACUUGCUGGUAGUCUUUUUCCAUCUCCCAUAAACUCCAAAACAUGUGGCAUCAGUACACUGUUAGCAAAACCUUUCCUAAUUCUUUGCAUUGUAUGAGGUGGUUCAAAUCACUUAGAUGCUCUUCAACUGUUUUUCUUUAGUGUUUGUCUUGCAUUUGGAUUAGGAAGUAAUUAUUCAUUGCAUUGGCAAAUGUUUCCUGGGGGACUUCCUAUCUGCACUUAUUUUUGUUUGCCUUCAAAUCUGCCAUCUUCACAUUGAGUAUAAGUGGAAUAGACUUAUUUGUGAUUCAUUGUCCAUAAUGCAGAGUAUUAGUAAUUUCAAAGUCUGUUACUUUUUCCACUAACAUUGCUUUUGCAUAAGAUACUGCUAUCUAAUGAUUUUCGCAUUGAUAAAAGUGAAUAAGAGGAUCAGGUGUGCAGCAUAUAUCUCUAAGUCUUCUGUUGAAUAGAUUAUUAACCUUUUGCAUUGAGUGAAAAGAUAUUAAGGGGGAAAAUUGCACAGCAAUGAUAUAUUGAACUUUAUAUGUCUUUGUGUGCAGGAAAAGACACAUAAAUUAGGAUUGUAUGCAAGGCUAUUUUAACCAUUUCAAAGCCUCAUUUGUGUUCAUGUUGAAUGAAAAGCUUAAUGGCCAGAAUAGCACUGUUGCCUUUAUUGUCAAAUUUACAUUGAUUUGAUUUUAUAUUAGAUGCUUUAUGUUUUUAAAAGAAAUUGCAAGAAAAUGAAAAAUAAGGGGAAGAAAACUUGGGGAUGCAGUAAAUUGAGUUUAUCCACUGAAAUCAAGAGUGUGAAUCCAACUCGGGCUGAUUGUUUUGGAGUGAUUGCAGUCCAGUUCAGUCAGCACUAGCAAAGUCAUUUUAAAAUUGAGAAUGUUUAAUUUGAAUCCUAGAUUCCAGUACAAUUGAAUACACCAUUUCCCCAGCCCCUCCCUUGCUGGCCCACAGUAUUUCAGAGAACUCAAUAGAAUGCAUUAAUCUAUUAUUUGGGUCUAAUUGAAGUCAUGCAUGAGGGCUGCUUGUCACUUUGAGUCUCUUGCCAUAACACCCAAUGCUGCAUGUUUCUGAUGUUUAUUUUAUGCCUCCGAAUUACUAUCCAUUUCCAUCUUUGAUCAAAACUCAAUACAGUAAAACAAGGCGUACUGUGUUUUCUAAACUCUUAAUUUGGUAUGAUGUGAACUAGGAAGCCCAAAUUAUGUUGUAUUUUCAUUUAUUUUGUAGUUGUCAUUCUGCAUUAAACUUAGUUUCUGUA